AGCAGCCAAUCAGUGGGGAGGAAGUGUGUCCGCUAGAGGUUCCUGUUUGGAACGUUGGAAGAGCUCAGGUUCUACAGGGCGAGCAACCGAGCGCCAUGUGGCGGGGGAUCCGCUGCUUGCGGGCGCUGUUGGGGGUGCCGGCAGCAAGUGCUAGCGCGGCUGCCGGGAGAAGGCGCCUUCGCGUGUGGAAUGCGGUGGCUCCGUCUCUCAUCUCCCAGGUGACCUCCAUGGCGCGGCGAAAUACCAGUGGCGUGAGGAGCUUUGAGCUGCGAGGUGCAGAGAAGGCUGCGGGAGCCGAGUCCGACCAGGAAGGGGAGGCGGUCGGGGAGGGACUGCACACUUGUCCGGAUACCGGUGGGGACUCUUACGAUUAUGCAUUUCCAACAUUCAACAUUGACCAUAUGGUUUCGUUGCUAAGACAAGAAAAUGCCAAAGAUAUCUGUGUUAUUCAGCUGCCUCCAGAAAUGAGAUACUGUGAUUAUUUUGUAAUUGUCAGUGGAUCUUCUACAAGGCAUUUGCAUGCCAUGGCUCACUAUAUGAUAAAAAUGUAUAAACAUCUGAAGACUGAUUUGGAACCUCAUGUUCGCAUUGAAGGAAGAGAGACCGAUAACUGGUUGUGUAUAGAUUUCGGCAAUAUUGUGAUCCAUUUUAUGUUGCCAGAGAUACGUGAAAUUUACGAGCUAGAAAGGUUAUGGACUCUUCGAGCUUAUGAUGAUCAGUUAGCACAGAUGGUUCCAGAAUCCUUACCUGAUGACUUCAUAUUUGGAAUGCCUUCUGAAGAGCAAUGAAUAGUCUCUUUGGUGCAAACAAGAACAACUUUGAACAAACAGAGCUGUUUGAAUGCAAUGGCCAUUCUUGGGAAGAGUGAAGGGGAAGGAAGCUCUGUAACCUUCAGUGAGAGCUUGCCAGCAGCUUCGUGAUGGAAAAACAACUUAUAAAUGGACACUUGGCAAAAGUGAGAAGAACCUGUGAAUCACACUGCAUAACUUUGUAGAGAUUGUCAUUAAAUUUGUACAUUUUCCUUC